AUUUUCUAACAUAGCUUGUCUGUGUAAAACCUUGUGUAAGUGAUCUUUUGUACAUUACAGACAGGACUGGAUCCUUGAUGUAUGUGACUUCCUGUGUGAGUGUGUGAGUGUGUGUGUGUGUUUGAGUGCGUGUUCGUGUGUAAGAAAGAGGCACUUUCAGUGCACAGAAGCCACAUAUGUCAAAACUGAGCUCAUCAUUUUGCAGAGAACAUCACAUGUACGAGACAUUUCUGACAGUUUUGGUGACUGAACCUGCCUGUUCCUAAAACUACACAAAGACCAAUCAGUGCUGAGGGAGGUGCAACUUUGCCUGAAAAACAGGGUUUGGUUGACAGAUCGAACUCAUUUCCGCCCAGCGACAGACUUCUGAGCACAAAAAGACACUUGACGCUCGUUCCGAGUUACAAGUCCACAAUGAAGAUGCUCAUUCAGCAUUUGCUUAUUCUCAUUUUUCUGUCCAAAGCAGCAGGGGCUGGUGAAAUCUUUUUGGCUCAGGUGGGAGACGACGUUACACUUACAGUCUCAAAACCGAGCUCUAAUGUAUACAUGUACUGGUACAAAAAGGACACUGAAAUUGCUUCAAUAAACAACUUGGGGGGAAAGUUUCCGGCAGAAACAUCCUUGAAAAAGAAGCUAAUCGUGGGUGAUAAUUCACUGACCAUAAAAAGCAUAGGAGAAAAUGACUUUGGAAAGUUCAAGUGUGAGAUUAAGGACAGUUCCAAAAAUCCACAAGGGACACCUAUAGAGUUCAACGUAAUCAAACUUAAAGUGGGUGUGAAUCCAACUGAGCCUUUGCUCCCAUCGCAGACAGCGACCCUGACCUGUGAGGUGGAAACUCCUCCAGGUUUAGCUAAAAUCACAACAAAAUUGAUAAGUCCCCAUGGAAAUGAAAUACCUAGAGGAAAACAUGUUAUCGAAGCCAAAAGUCAAAACAGUGGACUGUGGACCUGUGUUGCAAAUAAUAAAAAGAAGGUCUCCAUUUCUGUUUCAGUUGUGGACUUUCAGACACCUACUCUGCCAUAUCAAUAUACAUCUGAAAACUCCCCCUUCUUGGUCCCUUUCUCCAUUCCUCCGAACAUCCAAUGGGAUUACAUCAAAAACGUUACCCAGAAGAUUGAGUGGUUCUUCACUCCAAAAACAUCUUCAGUUGCAACGAAACUCUUCUCUCUCUCGAUGAAAGAGCCAUUCAAGCCGGAAGUGGGCCAGGGAAGAAACCUUAAACACUUCAACUUCAACAAAGGAGAUUUUUCUUUGGGGAGAAAUAAGGGACAAAAGGAUGAUGCGGGGACCUACACAUGCUCCAUAACAUUUAAUGAUGAAAAGACUAGAAAAAGCACAAGAAAAUUUGAAGUUUUACAAAUUAUCCCUUACCCAGGAGCUCAGUUAACCUCUGGCCAAAAGCUUAAACUGUCCUGCACCACUGGCGAACCUCUGGCCCCUGAUAUGCAGCUGAAGUGGGUUUUUCCCCAAAAAAGCCCCCGGCUGCCACCUGACCAGCAUUCAGCAAAUCUCACUUUUCCAGAAGUGAGAAUUGAUGACAGUGGAAAUUGGGAGUGUGAGCUGUGGUGGAAUAACACAAGUCUGGCGUCGGCUGUCAUAAGACUUCAGAUUGAACCCAUACUGAACACAUGGCAGCUCGUGGUAGUAUGUGUCGUGGGAGUCAUCUUACUUGUCCUUCUUGUUUUCAUUUUCAUCCGCUGCAGACGUCAUCAGAAGCCGAGGCGUCUCAGGCAUCAAUUCUGCAGAUGCAAAAACCCCCAACCCAAAGGAUUCUACAGGACAUAAAAACACCAGAUGAUCUGCAGUUAAACAGCUGAUCUAUAGCCAUUUGUUCUGUUUGAGAGGAGAUGAAAAACUUGCAAUCAUCAAUCCAAAAACAGUGACAUUAAGCUGCUGUACAUGUGAGCUUGGAAUGAUUCUACUCUGCAAGAUGUCGGUCUGUUUGUAAACUGGAUGUAAAUAAAAAAAUAUUACGGGAUGAUUUGCAACUCAUCUGAAUUGGAUGUGGUACCAAGACGACAUAAAUAUUUACUUGUGUAUGUGACCAGAGUUUUUAUCCCAUUCUUGUUUUAUGUAGGAGGAAAUGUGAAGACUUGGAAAUGACAUGAUCCAAAUUUGUUCUUUUGUCAGUUAAAUUUUUGGAUGAAUACUGAUUAUUGUUUUGACUUUAAAUAAAAUAUUGUUUUAAAUGCUUUUAAUUUUAGUAUACAGAGAAAGCAUCACAACUUUUUCUUUUACUCUCCUGCUGUAUAGAAUCGUAUGCAAUGCAGUUUACUUUCUUGUAAUUUAUCGAAGGCUUUACUCUCAAAUGACUUUCAUGGUAUAUCUACAGGGUUCUACAAACAUUCCCACACGAAAUAUUGUUUUUUUUGCACAUGUUUAACACUUAAAAAUGAAGCAGAAAUCCUUAUGUCAUGUAGAAGAUUGUUGUUUUGAACACAUUAAUGCUGAACCAAACAUUUAAUAACUGUUGUACAUGUAUUUUUAAGCUUUAUAUUAAAGAAAGACCUUGUAUAGCUGUCUGUGGGCGUGGUUGGUCUUCAUAGCAGAGGGUUGGCAGCCAUCUGACAGAUUGGUGGGUACAAGAAAGAGCAGGGAACAUCGUACCAACUCCAAGUGUAACUGUCCUCUCCCUCAGCCCCGCCGGACUAGUUGUUGUCUGGAUCAGACUGAUGCACGUUCCAGGACCCUUACAAGAAGGACAAAAGCAGAGAGGGACUUUUGUGUGUUUGAAGUACCGCUCAGUUUAGUAGUAGGAGGCACCUACUGUCAUUUCUCCAAAUUAAAGUGAGCUUCACCAUC